AUGUGGAUUCUGAUCAGUGUCAUCCUCAUCGGGUGGGGAUCCUGUGCUCACGGGCAAGUCACAAAUUGUGAAUUUCCAAACAUAACACAUGGAUUCCUAUAUAAGGAAAGCAGAUACAAACCAGAGUUUCCAGUACCUGUAGGAAAACAGUACUACUAUAGAUGUCAUGAAAAUUUUGCGACGCCUUCCGACUCCACCUGGGAAUACAUCAAGUGCACACAAACAGGAUGGAAGCCAGAAGUGCCUUGCCGCAGAAAAUGCCUCUUCAAUUUUUUGGAAAAUGGAAAGUGGUCAUGGAGAUCAAAAACAUAUUACCAAGGUGAAUCGAUGAUACCUGAGUGCAAUCCUGGCUUUAGUCUUCCAAAUGGGCAGACAGUCAUGACAUGUACAGAGAAUGGCUGGUCCCCUCCUCCCAAAUGCGUCCGAAUCAAAACAUGUUCACAUUCAGACAUAGAAAUUCAGAAUGGUUUUUUUUCUGAAGCUACUACUCAAUAUCCCUUAAAUAAACAAGCAGAAUACAAGUGCAAACCAGGAUUUGCAACAGCAAAUGGUGAAACUUCAGGAACAAUUACCUGUCAGCUAACUGGAUGGUCAGCUCAACCUAAAUGCUUUAAAUCUUGUGAUAGGCCGGGAUUUGAAAAUGCUCUAAUUAAAAGAAUUGGUGCACGGUUUAUGCUCAAUGACCAGCUGGAGUAUCAAUGCAAACCUGGCUAUGAAACCAAAGCAGGAAGGACCGGUGGUUCCAUAGUGUGUGAGCUCAACGGUUGGUCUGAUCAACCUUUAUGUCUUGAAAAACAAUGCACUGUCCCGAAUUUAGAUGAAAACAUAUUGGCUAUGCCCUCAAAAAGAAAAUAUAGAAUUGGAGAGGUGUUGAAAUUCUCUUGUCGAAAUGAACUUGAGAGAGUUGGACCAGAUUCAAUUCAGUGCUAUCACUUUGGAUGGUCUCCUAGUCCUCCAACAUGUAGAGAUCGUGUUAAACGUUGUGGUUCCCCGCCUUCACUUUUGAAUGGAAAAUCGACAGAAGUGGAGAGAGAAGCCUAUGAACACAGUGCCGUGGUGGAAUAUGUUUGUGAUCCUCAGUUUCUGAUGAAAGGUUCUAGGAAGAUUCAGUGUGUUGAUGGAAAUUGGACAGCUCUGCCUAUGUGCAUUGCGGAGCAGAGUACAUGCCGAGAUAAACCUGAACUUGAGAAUGGCUUUGCUGAUUCCUCCGCUCCUCUUUAUUAUCAUGGAGAGUCAAUCGAGUUCAAAUGCAUGGAUGGAUUCACAAUGAUUGGAGAUAAAUCAGUUACAUGUUUCCGUGGAAGAUGGACCCAACUUCCUACGUGCAUCGGUAAAACAAUACAGGUCUGCCCACCUCCACCUCAGAUUCCCAAUAGUCAAAUUAUAACGACCACAGUCAAUUACCAGGAUGGAGAAAGAAUAUCAAUUCUCUGCCAAGAAAAUUAUGUAAUGCAGGAAUCAGAAGAAAUGGAGUGCAAAAAUGGAACCUGGCAGUCAAUACCACGCUGUGUAGAAAAACUUCCAUGUUCUCAGCCACCUCAGAUUGAACAUGGAAGCACUACAUCAGCUAGGUCUUCACUGGGGCCCGAAGUUUACCCACAUGGCACCAUACUGAAUUACACUUGUCAAGCUGGCUUUAAGAUAUUUGAAGAAGACAACAAGAUAACGUGCUCCCUGGGAGAAUGGAGUAUUCCACCUCGGUGUGUAGGACUUCCUUGUGGAACUCCACCUCAGAUUUCCCAUGGUAUACCUCAGUUACACAACGGAGAUGGUUACCAAUACGGAGAAGAAGUUAUGUACAGCUGCGCUGACGGUUAUAGAAUUGAUGGAUCUGCAAUCGCAACAUGUUUAGGAGGAAAAUGGUCCAGUCCACCAGAAUGCAUAGAAAGUGUUGCUUGUAGUCCUCCGCCCAUAGUUGAACAUGCUAUCAUACAAAAUGAGAUGGUGAGGUAUCCAUCUGGUGUGCAGGUGCGUUAUGAAUGUGAAAAGCCUUUUAAACUCUAUGGAGACACAGCAGAAGUGCAGUGUUUAGAUGGCAAAUGGACAACACCUCCUCAGUGUAAAGACGCUGUAGGAAAGUGUAGUCCCCCUCCACCUAUAGCAAAUGGAGAUACUAUUUCACAGCAACUUAAGGAAUAUGCUCCAGAAUCAAGAGUUGAUUACCAAUGCCAAUCUUAUUAUAGACUCGAAGGACACAGGACUAUAGUAUGCCGCAAUGGGCAGUGGUCAGAACCACCCAAAUGCAUAAGUCCCUGUGUAAUAUCAGAAGACAUCUUAAAUGAACAUAAUAUAACGUUCCGAUGGGUGGAUACAAAGAAACUUUAUACUGAGUCAGGGGACUUUGUUGAAUUUGACUGUAAACGGGGAUAUCGUAGAACGUCACCAGAUGAAACAUUUCGAACAACCUGUCAUGAUGGAAAAUUAGCAUAUCCCACUUGUGCUUUAAAUUAA